CCCAGGUUCGUACGGUCCUGAGUGGGUGGGGCUCGUGCGAGGUCCCCGGUCCCCGGCCCACGGGCAACUGUCCCAACCGCCCUUACCGCCCCAGUCCUGGUGAGAAAAAAAAUGAAGACGGAGGAGGCCGCCUCCCCGAAGAUUCCGUGCAGUGGGAGGGGCGCAGCCUCCUGAAGGCGAUGGUCAAGCGAGCUGCCCUGCGUGGGGAGCGCGUCCACGUCCUGGGCUGUGAAGUGAGCGAGGAGGAGUUCCGUGAAGGCUUUGACCCUGCUGUCAACAGCCGGCUGGUAUACCAUGACCUCUUUAAGGACCCUCUCAAUUGGUGCGACAAGGAAGAUGCCGUUCUUGGAGGUCCCCUGGGAGCCUUGAGAGCCCUGUGCCAGAGGACAGACCCUCGUCCUGUCACCGUUGCCCUUGAUUCCCUCAGCUGGCUGUUGUUGCGUCUGCCCUGCACUACACUCUGCCAGACCCUCCGUGCUCUGAGCCGUCCAGCCGUCUACUCGGGUGACAGCUCCCUGGUAGAACAGAUACAGGUGCUGGGCCUGCUACAUGAAGAGCUUCAUGGCCCAGGUCCCAUGGGUGCACUGAGCAGCCUUGCUCACACAGAGGUGACCCUGGGAGGUAAAAUGGGCCAGACUUCAGCCCAUAUCUUCUACCGAAGGCCCCAGCAGCAUGCAACUUACCAGACUUGGUGGUUUUCCAUCCUUCCUGACUUCAGUUUGGAACUCCAAGAGGAGCCUCCCUUCCAUUUGCAGCCUCACCCAGGACCUCACACAGCCCAGGUGUCUAAGUGCCAAAGCCAGGACAAGGAAGUGGACCCUAUGACUCAUUUGACCUUUAACCUUCGUCUGUCCAAGAAAGAAAGAGAAGCCAGAGACAGCCUGACUCUACCUUUCCAGUUCAGCUCUGAAAAACAGCAGGCUCUUCUGUGCCCUGGGCCAGGCCAGGCGACCAGCCACAUCUUCUACGAGCCAGAUGCUUUUGACGACCUAGACCACGAAGACCCAGAUGACGACCUGGAUAUCUGACUAAACCAGUGGGAGGGGGUGACUGGGCCCAGAAUCUUUGUUUUCCUUCUGAUACUGCCCUGUGGGCCAAGAAGAGCCUGGGCAGAAAGAGGACACCUUGCAAGGCAGAGAAUAGGAACCACCCCUAAUAAAAUCUUUUUAUUUUUUUAAAGCUCA